AUGCAUGAUUUCAAAUUUACCAAUCAGACCCCUGUAACCAUGCAUCUGCUUCUGAUAGGGCAAACCAUUACCACCCCCUUGAGCCUCACUUUAGGUCACUGGAGAGAUGUUCAGAUUCGAGCUAACAAUCUGUCAGUGGAAAUCAAGAAAAGAAAAUGGCAAACCCUCUGUACUUCUGAAUGGCCCACCUUUAAUGUUGGAUGGCCCGGAGAUGGGACCUUUAAUAUCACUGUUAUAUUACAGGUCUUCAGCCAAGGACCCCAGGGCCACCCGGACCAAGUCCCUUACAUAGUAGUUUGGGAAAGUCUUAUUAAUGACCCCCCUCCCUGGGUCUCUCCUUUCGCUCAUCCUAAGCCUAAGCCCGUUCCAGACCCCAUCCCCCUCCCAACACCCUCCGCUCCCCCUGUUCCCCUAUGUCCUGCCGAACCUCCCAAACCCCCUGUUCCCCUAUGUCCUGCCGAUCCUCCCAAACCCCCUGUCUCUUCCAACCUAUAUCCAGUUAUUGGUGAUUCUGUCUCUUCCCGGUGUCCUAAGCCAAAGAGGGUUCUUCCUCCUGAUGACUCCCCCUUAAUAGACCUCCUAACUGAGGACCCCCCUCCCUAUCAGCAUCCUCCUCCGCCGGCACAGGCCCCAACUUCCUCAGAUUCUGAGGAGGAACCAGAUAAUCCGCCGGAAGAACGCCACCCCUCACAAUCCCCAAUAGCUGCCUCAGACUUAUACAACUGGAAGUCCCAUAACCCCUCCUUCUCACAGGACCCCAUAGCUUUAACCGCUCUGAUAGAGUCCAUCCUAAUCACGCAUCAACCCACUUGGGAUGAUUGCCAACAGCUCUUGCAAACUCUUCUCACUACAGAGGAGAGACAAAAAGUUUACCUAGAAGCCAGAAAAAAUGUUCCAGGAGACAAUGGAAGACUGACCCAGCUCCCAAACGUGAUAGAUGCUGCUUUUCCCCUGACCCGCCCCGACUGGGAUUUCAACACCGCUGAAGGUAGGACCCACCUAAAUCUUUAUCGCCAGUUACUCAUAGCAGGCCUCCAUAAUGCGGGGCGCUGCCCCACCAAUUUGGCCCAGGUGAGACAGGUCACUCAAGGCUCAGAAGAAUCUCCGACCGCCUUCUUAGAAAGACUCAAAGAGGCUUAUCGUAGGUAUACCCCCUUCGAUCCCGAUAGUCAUGAACAGAGAGGAAAUGUGUCCAUGGCCUUCAUUUGGCAGUCAGCACCAGAUAUUAGACAUAAGUUACAGCGGUUGGAGAAUUUACAAGAUUUCUCGUUGCAAGAUUUAUUAAAAGAAGCAGAAAAAAUUUAUAGUAAAAGAGAAACCCAGGAGGAAAAGGAAGAUAGAUUAAGGAAAGAGGCAGAAGAAAAAGAAGAGAAACGAGAGCGUAAGCGAAAUAAAGAACUUAGUAAAAUCUUGGCCGCCGUAGUGCAAGGCAAUCAAGGAUUAGAUGCAGGAAAGCCAGGAAGGGAAGGAGACAAAAGAAGGCCUCGGGUAGACCGAGACCAAUGUGCCUAUUGCAAAGAGAGAGGGCAUUGGGUCAAAAGCUGCCCCAAAAGACCCCGUAACCCCAAGGAAGAUACCAGACAGGCCACAAGAUUAAUGGCCCUAGAUGAGGACUAGGGAUGUCAGGGCCAGGAGCCCCCCCCCGAGCCCAGGAUAACCCUAACUGUCGGGGGGCAACCAGUCACCUUUCUGGUAGAUACCAGGGCACAACAUUCUGUCUUAACCAAAACCCCAGGACAAUUAAGUGACCGGACGGCAUGGGUUCAAGGGGCCACCGGAGGAAAACAAUAUCACUGGACCACGGAAAGGAAGGUACAUUUGGCCUCUGGUAAAGUUUCUCAUUCGUUCCUCCACGUGCCUGACUGUCCCUACCCACUCCUGGGGAGAGAUCUAUUGACUAAACUAAAAGCCCAGAUCCAUUUCGAAUCAAAGGGACCCACAGUGACAGGCCCCAACGGGACUCCUCUACAUAUACUUACUUUGCAACUAGAAGAGGAAUAUAGACUGCAUGAGGGAGCCCCCCAACCUAAAGGGGACAUAAAAUUCUGGCUCUCAUCCUACCCAAAUGCCUGGGCAGAAACCGGAGGAAUAGGGUUAGCCACCCAGCAACUUCCCAUUCACAUACAAUUAAAGGCAACAGCCAUCCCUGUCAAUGUUAGACAAUACCCUAUGUCUAAUGAGGCCCGCCAAGGCAUCAGACCACACAUACGGCAGCUACUAAACCAAGGCAUUUUGGCCCCAUGUCGAUCACCCUGGAAUACCCCUCUACUCCCUGUCAAGAAACCUGGAACAGAUGACUAUCGGCCAGUCCAGGACCUGAGGGAGGUCAAUAAACGAAUAGAAGACAUCCACCCUACUGUGCCUAACCCCUACAACCUACUUAGCACCCUGCCUCCAACCCACUCCUGGUAUACUGUUCUAGACCUAAAAGACGCUUUCUUUUGCUUAAAAUUAAGUCCUCAGAGUCAACCCAUUUUUGCUUUUGAAAGGAAGGACCCAGAGUUGGGAAUUUCAGGCCAGCUAACUUGGACAAGGCUGCCACAAGGAUUUAAGAACAGCCCCACAUUAUUCGAUGAGGCCCUUCACCAGGACCUGGCUGAUUUCUGGGUGAGUCAUCCCUCCCUGAUCUUACUCCAAUAUGUCGAUGACAUCUUACUGGCCGCAACAAAUGAAAAGGACUGUCGAACAGGUACUGGGGACCUCCUACAAACCCUUGGCCGAAUGGGGUACAGGGCAUCCGCAAAGAAGGCCCAAAUUUGCCAGACUGAGGUCACCUACUUGGGUUAUGAAUUAUAUAACGGCCAGCGGUGGCUAACGGCCGCAAGGAAAAAGACUAUAUUCAGCAUUCCAACGCCCCAAACCCCCAGGCAAUUGCGGGAAUUCCUAGGGACGGCGGGCUUCUGCAGACUCUGGAUCCCCAGGUUCGCAGAAAUAGCGGCUCCCCUGUACCCCUUAACCAAACAGGAUGUCCCUUUCAUCUGGACCGAACAACAACAGCAGGCAUUUGAUCAUAUUAAACAGGCGCUCCUCAAAUCCCCAGCUUUAGGCCUGCCGGACAUAACUAAACCCUUUGACCUGUUCGUCGAUGAAAAACAAGCGUUUGCUAAGGGGGUCCUAACUCAAAGACUAGGGCCUUGGAGACACCCUAUCACCUACCUCUCUAAGAAAUUAGACCCCGUGGCAGCAGGAUGGCCACCAUGCCUGAAAAUGAUAGCAGCCAUAGCGGUCCUAAUUAAGGAUGCAACCAAACUAACUUGGGGACAGCCUGUCACAAUCCUGGCUCCCCACACAGUGGAAUCCUUAAUUCGUCAACCUCCAGACCGUUGGCUAUCUAAUGCUCGCCUUACUCAUUAUCAGUCCCUCCUCCUGGACACAGACAGGAUCCAGUUCGGACCUGUGGUGACUCUCAACCCCGCAACUCUCUUACCCACCCCUGGAGAGACCCCUUUACAUGACUGUCACCAGAUCCUUGCAGAAAUACAUGGGACAAGGCCUGACUUGACUGACCAGCCCAUGAGGGAUGCGGACCUGACUUGGUACACGGAUGGUAGUAGCUACCUGCAGAACGGAGAGCGGAGGGCAGGAGCCGCCAUCACAACCGAUUCUCAGAUUGUAUGGGCAAGCGCGUUACCAGGAGGCACUUCAGCCCAACGGGCCGAGCUAAUCGCCUUAACUCAGGCUCUCCAGCUGGCAGAAGGUAAGGAACUUAAUGUUUACACCGAUAGUAGAUAUGCCUUUGCCACAGCCCAUAUUCAUGGGGAAAUCUAUAGAAGGAGGGGACUAUUAACCUCUGAUGGAAAAGAAAUCAAAAAUAAAACUGAAAUAUUGGCCCUGCUGAAGGCCUUAUUUCUUCCCAAGAAGUUAAGCAUCAUGCAUUGCCCAGGCCAUCAAAAAGGAGAUAGCCCAGAGGCCAAAGGAAAUCGCUUGGCCGAUGAAACAGCCCGACGAGCAGCUCUAGGACCCCAACUAUUGACUGUGACUAUCCUCACUGGGACAGAGGAGAACAGUGAGAACCCCAUUUGGAGUUAUGAGAAAACAGAUUUGGACAUCAUUCAGAGGUUAGGAGCCAAUUACAACCCGGUCCAAAACCGAUGGGAAUAUCAAGGAAAAGCCAUAAUACCCGUUAAAAUGGCAAAGGAACUAAUAGAUCACCUCCAUCGGCUGACUCAUCUAAGUGCAAAUAAGAUGAAAUCUUUAAUGGACAGAGCCAAUUUAGAAAACUAUUUCCCCAAACGAAAUUUCCUCCUUCGGCAAGCGGCUGCAAAUUGCAGAGCAUGUGCUCAAGUCAAUCCUGGAAGAACUAGUAUCGGACCUGGAGUCCGAGUACACGGUCACUGCCCUGGUACGCACUGGGAAAUUGACUUUACCGAGAUUAAACCCGGCAUGUAUGGAUAUAAUUAUCUCUUAGUUUUUUUAGAUACUUUUUCAGGAUGGGCAGAGGCCUUUCCCAUCAAGAAGGAGACAGCCAACAUAGUUGCCAAGAAAUUACUGGAAGAAAUUUUCCCGAGAUAUGGAAUGCCCGAGGUAUUAGGGUCAGACAAUGGGCCUGCUUUUGUCUCCCAGGUAAGUCAGUCGGUGGCCAAGCUUUUGGGGAUCGAUUGGAAAUUACAUUGUUCAUACAGACCCCAAAGUUCAGGACAGGUAGAAAGAAUGAAUAGAACUAUCAAGGAGGCUCUAUCUAAAUUAUUGCUUGAAACUGGCUCUGAAGAUUGGGUCCAGCUCCUGCCUCUAGCACUCUAUAGAGCCAGAAACACUCCUGGCCCUCAUGGUCUGACACCUUUCGAAAUCCUCUAUGGUGCCCCUCCAGUUGUCACAUUCUUUGAGACAGAUAUCUCUACCCAUUCCCCUUCCCCCUCUAUACAGGCCCACCUGCAAGCCUUGCAGCUGGUCCAACAAGAAGUGUGGAAGCCUCUAGCAGCUGCCUAUCAGGAAGAACUUAACAUCCCGUCGCAGCCUCAUCCUUACAAAAUCGGCGAUACUGUCUGGGUCCGCAGGCAUUGAGCCACAAACCUUGAACCCCGCUGGAAAGGACCUCAUAUGGUGCUCCUAACAACGCCCACGGCGCUAAAAGUUGACGGGAUCGCAGCCUGGAUCCAUGCAUCCCAUGUAAAAGCGGCACACCCAGACGGGCAGACCGAACAUCCUCAGAACUCGGAAUGGACCGUCAGAUGCUCCCCAAACCCACUAAAGAUAAGACUUGUUCGCCAUUAA